AUGGUUAAGACUUCCGAUGUCCUUCUCAUUCUCGUCGCCAUCCUGUUUCCUCCAGCUUCAGUAGCAUUCAUCACUGGGUGUAGCUGUGACUUGCUUAUCAACAUCCUCCUCACCAUCAUGCAUUGCUGGCUAAUCUACAAGAAAAUGAAAGCAGAAGAACGCUAUGGAAGGGGUGGUUUCUUGUACACUGGGAACGGCCAAUACGCACCACUAAACCAGGGCGGCUACAAUCAAGGCUACGUGCCAGGCCAGGUGAACUACGGUGCUACGAAUUGA